ACUUAAUUGGCAGUUAAAUAUUUACCAGAUAUUUGCUGACAACAAAUUUUCUAAAAAAGGCAAUAUUUCACGCAAAGGAAUUUGACCACGCAAACCACGCGUCAUCUCAAUCAUUCAAUGGAUGUAAGCAUGGCGAAAAACUACGAUCAUUUAUUUAAAGUAUUACUAAUCGGGGAUCCAGCCGUUGGGAAAACUUGUAUUUUAUGUCGAUUUGCCAAUGACGAAUUUAAGACUACUCAUCUUUCGACCAUAGGUAUGUUAUAAUUAUUACAAAUAUCCCUAUCAGACCAAUAUAAUAUCGGUUUGAGUAUAGGAUACUUUAUAUCAGAAGUAUGUGAUUUGAUUUUAUCUAGGGAUUGAUUUUAAAAUGAGAACUUUUGAUGUCGAAGGGAGUAAAAUCCGAAUUCAGAUGUGGUUAGUAUUUGUACAUUUUAGAAAAGAUUCAAUAGGACCUGGAAAGGCUGGAGUUUGUAUGAUUUUAUAAAAAAAAUGUGACAAUAUUCGUACCAAUCGUACGAUAGGUAUUUUACAUAAACCUAAAACGUACAAAUAAAGUUUAUAUCUUAUUAAUAAUAAAUUGUGAAAGAAUAUUAAAAAGUGCACGUGCAUAUUAUUUAUAUGCUGAGUUUGUUUAGAUUUGAAAUGAUAAACAAUUUUGAGCUAUUUGUUUAUGUCGCGUGAUUUUAUUAAUCACUACGUUUUAAUUCACACCAUGAUAUUAAUGCUUGUUAAUCUUGUAAAAGUUGAGUGGUCUUUUUUUAUUAGUGACAUUUUUAUUCCGCUUUGUAAUAUUAAUGGGUUUCUCUUGUUAACCUAUUAAGCUGCAAUGCACCCUACAUUAUUUUUUACUCUGCCAAAUGCCAGACAAGAGGAAAGUAUUCAGCAUUACUUAGUUAAUCCACUAAGUUGCAGUGUGCGCCCAAUGCACCCUAUUUUAUCAUUUUACUCUGUCUAACUCCAGACAAUUUUAUUCGCCAAGGGGAGAGCGCUUGCUCUUAAUGGGAAGUCCAACUAUUAGAACUUUGUAAUGAACCUGAUACCUCUUUGUAUAGGGACACUGCAGGGCAAGAGAGAUAUGAAACAAUUACAACACAGUAUUACAGACGAGCACAGGUUAGUCACUGAUUGAUAUACAAUCCUACACCCUCACUAAAUCUAUUCCUAGGAACAACUCCUGUAUGUUUUUGUAUGAGGAAGAAAAAAUUGCUAAUGUUAAUUUUGUAGGGCAUAAUGUUGGUCUAUGAUAUCACAAGAAGGAAAACAUUUGACAAUAUACAGAAGUGGAUUCAUUAUGUGGAAGAGGUAAGAAUUUUACUGUGAAAUUCUUGACAGGAAAAAUUUGCUCGAAACAUUGAAGUGUUUUUAACAUGGCAUACGUUUUAUUGGGUCAUUCCCAGUAGCGUAGCCAGCCCGACGAUUUAGUCCCGCUAUGUAAAUAUUUUCGUGUUCAUUGACUGUGAAAACAAUCAAUUUCUAAAGAAAUGAAUAAUGAUAAUAUUUUGAAUUUACAUAGCGGGACUAAAUCGUCGGGCUGGCUACGCCACUGGUCAUUCCAGAAAAGAUCCACACUCCCCCCACAGAGGAACUUUCUGCUGUCUGGAAGGGAGAGAAAUUGGUUACUGAUAAUAACAGACAGAUUUAGAUCGAGGACGCGGACAUCAAAGAAGACAUGAAAAUGGCAUGUCAUAUCCAUACAUGGGCACAACACACCAUUUUCACGUCGUCUUUGACGUCUACGUCCUCGAUCUAAAUCUGUCUAGUAAAGGCAUUAGGACAUCCCAAGGGAGUAGGGGCCGGGGUUAACUUCCAAUUUCCCCCAUGGGGAAAGUAUGGAUGUUUUCUGGAAAGACCAAUUGUGCCUUACUUUAUAUUACUCUGUCUAAUGCCAGACCACUUUACUAAUUAAAGGGACAGCACUGGUGUUCAUUGGGUUAAUCUUCUGGUAAUUCAGACACAGACCCACUGUAUGUUUCAAAUGUGAUCCUAUUUCUCUUAUUGUUUUAGCAUGCCGGGAAUGAAGUGAAAACCCUCAUCAUUGGAAAUAAAUGUGAUAUUGGUGAAAAUAAAAGACAAGUUUCUUACAGAGAGGGAGAGAAGGUUUGUGGUCACAAUUUGAACAUCGGUUCAAUAUUCCUGUAUCUGCACUGUUUGUUACAUACAUCAUUUAAAACAUUUGUUUCUUUUUAGCUGUCACAGAAAUAUGGUAUACCAUUUUUUGAAACAAGUGCAUACUCAAAUGUGAACAUAGAAAAAGUAAGUCAACAGAUCAAUGCAGAUAUGGUCAUAAAAGUUACUGCUAAAAUUCUACUUUUAUUUCUAGGCCUUUACAGAAAUGUGUCAGUUAAUACUGGGUCAUGUAGAUACACAAAUCAAGGUACAGGAUAGAUCUUUUUCACAGACAGUAUUGUUUCAAGCUUGCAGUGUUAAAACCUUCAUCCAUUAAAUAAAUUGUUUGUGAAUGUAAUUAUAUUUUUUGUUUUUGUAGAAUGGUCGUAAACAGUCAGAAGCGGCAAUCAUUUUGGAACCAAAACAACCAGACAGUGAAGAAAAAUCUAGUUCAUGCUGUUCACUGAGCUGAGACACUAGUGAACUAUAAAAUAAUUAAUACACAUCAAGUUUGAUGGAAAAUGACUACAUGUUGUAUAUAAUACAGUCCAGGACAAUUCUAUCAAACAGUCCAUGCCAGUGCAGGUUAAGUGCCAACAAUAAGAAAGCUUCAGAUUGAUAAGGAGAACUUCUCCUUGUAUUUUUCAGGUAGUUCAUCCUUCCAAUCCAAAGCUUUUAAUUCUAUCAAAGCCUUGUUUACACAAUUCAUGCAACUUGUUGGUCCAGGAACAAAUUCUCCAUUCAUAGACCUUCUUAAGUCCAUCACUCCAAGGCAGUUCAGCCACAGAAUACUACUGACAGAAGUCCAUCUCCAUUAUUUUUUGCGUAAGCUCUAUUUGUCACUCAGCAAGUACCAUAAACAGAACAAGUCCCCCUGGAAAUACUAAAAAUGGCACAUGUCCAGGGGGGUGACUGCUUCUGUUUACAGUACUCGCCGAGUGACAAAUCAUGAUAAUGCUUAUGCAAAAAACAAUGGAGAUGGACUUCUGUGUAGUAUUCUGUGGUUCAGCACUCGGGAAAGAGAGUAAAGUAAAAGCAACACUCGGGCUUUGGAGGAGAGCUGUUUAUAACCCUACAUGUAGGAGGGCAAAACAUGAAACAAGACACUCCACUCUUUCAACUUCUGUGAUGCAAUGAAUUAGAAAGGACAUCAAUUGGACUAUAAAAUCAUGUUACAUUCAUUAAAAUUAUAUGAAUCACAUGUGUCAUCAAAGAAAUUAAUUUUUGAUUGAAUGUGUAAACAUGGCUUUUACCACAAUAGUAAACUUGUCAAAAUGAUAUAGUCCCAAGUCAAAUAAUUAGGGCUGUUGACAUUCCACCAAUAUCAAAGUUUGAUAUUGCGAGUGUAAUUAGCUGUCAUUACAGCAACUGUAAGACAUUGAAGUUGUAUGUUAUUCAUAUUAUCAUUGUAUGUAUAGCCAAAGCUAUUUAAUAUAGUCAUAGAUGCAAGAGCUAGAUCCAUAGAUAAGCUAUGAAAAGCUAUAAAAUAAAAUAUAGGAAAACACUUGUUCUAACCAGAUAAUUACUCUAUGUAUCCAACAAUAGGCUUAUGAGCAUGGACACAAAAAAGUAUGGCAAAACAAAAAAAGGGUUGGAAAUUGUUGGUAAUCUUUUUGUUUACCAAUAUUUUCCUUGCAACCGAGAUGACACCCUUCCUGUUAGUAGCAAAUUAUUACACAAUCAUUCUGUUUAGUUGGCAUAAAUAAAUAUAUUUAUUCUAGCCUCAUAUUACAUAUUAGCCAUAGUUCUCAAGGAGCGUUGGAGUUGGGUCCUCGCCUCUUGCCAAAGGUUUGAACAACAUUCACAAAGCGUCGGUUGUACUGCAUGCGACGCUUGGCACGACCAGUCCUCUUUUUCUUCUUUUCUUGCUUGUCAACCUGAAUAGAGGGAAUGAGAAGGUUACACAACCAAUAAACAUGCUGUUUUCAAUAGUAAUAACAGUGACAAUAGGCCUUCAGCCUUCUCACAGUUCCAUACCAAAAUUACAGAUCAUAAUGUUCACAUCUUUUAGAACUCUUUAGUGUGAACUAUUUUUUUCAUUCAAAUGAUUGAGAAAAAAUGUUAAAUGGGAAUUUGGAUGAAUUAUUUAUUUUGAAAAGUGUGGAAACAAUGCCCGUGCCAAUUUUGAAGGAAAUUUAUUUAAAAAUUAGGUAUGCCAAAAAUCC